AUGGGCCGACUUUCAUUCACCCAAUGCUUUGUGCUCUGCCUAAUCAUCUUCUGCUCCCAGACAUUACUCCUCGUAAGCGGUCGAGAAGCUCUUGGCACCUUGAAUGCCGGCCUCCCUUCCUCUCCGGCAAGACGCUUCGUUCCGCAUAGCUACAUCGUUGAGUUUGACCCCAAGCAAGUCAGUGCCCAGGACUACAAAGCUCACCUCGAUUCCUUCUACAAAGACUUGAAAGCGGCGAACCCCCAGUGGGAAGUCGAGCAUCAAUUCGAGUACGAUCUCCACGAUGUCUUCCUGGGAGCUUCCUUCUUCAUGAGACCCGCCGCCUCCAACAACAAGAGAGCCGAAGAUGCCCCGAGCGAUUCUCAUCUAACCGAAAUGGCAAUGAUGGUGAUGAACAAGUUAUCAAACCAUACUUCUGUCCAAAACACCUGGCGCGACAGUCUCAUUUCGCAUGCUCACGAGGGAGAGCGAAGCAAAUCAGCCGGCACCAUGAUCAAGGACCGUCCGUUCGUCAGACACAACAUGGCACACUCUCCCCGAAGGAAUGCCUCGACUGCAAAUUCGCAUUUUCGUCGCAAGCAGACUGGACAACUCGAUGAAUACCCACCUCACGUGCAACAGGGCAUCCACAUUCAGCAUCGUCUUGGCAACCUCGGACAGGGCGAGCUAGUGUGUGUCAUCGACGUUCCAGUCGACUAUACCAACCCCUUCCUCAAUGGUGGUGCCAAGGGCGCAUGUCUUGGCGAGGGCUGCCCCAUCGACAGCGGUGUCUACUACUUCGAGAAACCAGACAGUCAAAAUCCGCUUCCUCCCACUCCCCUGCCCAAAAUUGCUCCUACUACAGAGGAGACCUGCUUCCAUGGCACUCACGUCGCUGGCAUCAUCAUCGCCGACAACUCGGAUCUCUUCGUCGGUGCAUCGCCUGGCGCCAGGGUCGUUUCGAUUGGUGCCUUCCCUUGCGGUGAGGGGGCCACCAGAGACUCCAUCAUCAUCGACGCCUUCCUACAGGCCAAGAAGAAGCGCUGUACCAUCGUCAACGGUAGCUUCGGCACCGUUGGUGAAUGGCCUGGUGCUCCAACCACUAUUGCCGCAGAUCGCUUGGGUGCCCAGAUCCCUGUCGUCAUUAGCGCCGGCAAUAGUCGUAGUCUUGGCCCCUUCUCUUCCGGAUGUCCCGCUUGUGGAGACAAUGUCAUUUCUGUGGCUAGUGCUGAGAACAAGGACCUGUGGGGUAUCCCAUUGGUGGUAGACAGGCCCAUCUACGGCAACAGGACUGACACCGUAGUCGUUGAGACAUCCAUCUCCUGGACCUACAACGACACUUUGCUACUGCAAGAGUUACCUGUCUGGUUCACACCUGAGGCGAUCAAGGCAGGACGUAACCCUGGCUUCGAACAUUUACCUACUCCACUUUUCAUCGCCAAUUCCUCCAGUGCAUGUCUACCUCUCGGCGAUGAUGUUGGAGACCUGUCAAAGACUAUACCUAUCGUCUAUCGUGGUGACUGUUCAGUGCCUACCAAGAUUCUGGAGCUUCAAGCAAAGGGCGCCAGAACGAUGAUCCUUGUGGCCAACAACACCAUACCACGAGCCUACUUCAACCCCUCUUUCUUCGACAUGUUCCUAGGAAUCAUCGAAGCAGACGCAGCUGCAGCGCUGCUCAAUGCCGUCACAGACCGAGAGUUGAUCGCAUCCAUCAGCCCAGGAGAGCCUUACCGCUUUGACAAGAUACCCAACAAGGACGUCGGAGAGAUCAGCAACUUCAGCAGCAUGGGUCCUUCGAACCUAGGUCAGAUGAGGCCACACGUCACCGGCAUCGGCGGCUCGAUCCUGAGUACCCUGCCUGAGCCAGUGAGGCUCGGCGUACUGGAGGGCACCUCGAUGUCAUCACCAAUGAUUGCUGGCGCCGUUGCCCUGUACCGUAACAAGUACCCCAACGCAUCGCCUGCCAAGGUUCGCAAAGCACUUGUUCACCAUGGAUAUCCUGCUGUCACUACCAGCGGUGCUGGCGGCAAGUACGAGACACUUCACCUCGGAGGUGGCAUCGUCAACAUCACCGCCGCCAUCAAUGCCGAGACGGAUGUUCUGCCUCUGAGCUUUGACUUUGGUGACUCAAGCCAGAGCAAGCGCAUCUUCCACCAGGAGCUUCGCAUCAAGAAUGAAGGCACUACCAAGAAGACGUACUCUAUCGAUCAUGAGCCUGCGCAGAGCUACUGGGCACUGCAGGAGGGAGCACCACUCAAGAGGAAGGACCCUUCGUUCAUGGCGUUUAAGAAUCCCCCUGAUGCGAAUGAGGAGACCGCUCAUGUUGACAUUGCACACAAGACGAUCACGCUAGUCCGUCUCGUCUUUACUCCUCCGACUCAAGCACCUCGAUGGAACCUCUACUCUGGCUACAUCCGUAUCAGCUCAGGAGCUGAAGAGGCUCGAGUGCCCUACGGAGGUAUCGCCGGUGUGCUCAGUAGUGUCCCGGCUCUCCAGUCGGGCAUCAGCGCCUACAAUACCUCCCUGCCCGCUCUCUUUACGCCUGGGUUCAAAGAGCAGAUCACCAACGACACAACUGUCUGGGCACUGGACGAGAGCGACGAGACAAGUAUGCCUCUCUUUGCCUACGUUGUUCAGACUCCCUCCGAAAGGCUCUACAUCGACGUUGUGGCUGCCGAUAUCGACUAUCAGCCUACGCUUCCCAUCAUCGACGAUCCUGACAGUAGGCAGGGCUUCCUCUCUGAAUUCCCGCCUGAUCCCCCGUCUUCGAGAAGCAGCAGCAGGGGCGUCCCUGCCCUCACCGGCCAACCGGUGGCAGCUUUGAACAGCAGUAGCCACAGCGGCACUAGCAGUGGCAGUGGCAGUGGCAACGGCAUUGGCGAGAGCAAGGCGACGGGACCUAAGUCUUCGAAGUACGUCAAGAUCGCUGACGUCCCAGUGGUAGGACGUCUAGAUGCGGACAAUGAUAUCAUUCGCAAUUCGAUCUCCUCGAGGUCGAUUGACGCCACUGGCUUCUACCCUGCCUACCUGUCACGCUACCUCGACUCGCCUGAUCAGCCAGGCCAAACCAUCGAGCUACAACCUGGAAAGUACCGAGUACUCCUCAGAGCCCAUCGCUGGAACAGCAGCAAGAAUCCAGCAGACCUGGACCUCGAGGCCAACUAUGACUCAUUCCUCUCGCGGGUAUUCGAGUAUCGCCCAAAUGCACCAGGAAGGGGCAGCGGUGGUAGCAGCAGCAAGAGUGGAAAGGGUGGAAAGACUGGAGGAGGUGCUGAUGCGGAGCAGAAGUAG